ACGCGAUGACCGUCAGUCAAUUGCUUCUAUAGUCAAAGGAUCCUGUUGCCUGACAUUGUGUGAUGGACUUAAAUUUCGGAACGCAGUUGAACGCAGUCAUUGUAGACAAGGCAUUAUGGAGCACGUGGGGCAAGUAGACAGUAGACACGUUUGGAAAUCACAUACAGAAUUCAAAAAAAAUUCUGUAAUAUAUGGUCCGAGUUAUGACAGAAUUCAAACCAAAAGAAAUUGCUAUAGAUUAAAGGAAGGACUACGUUAGUAUUAUAUUUUUGAAGAGAUAAAUCGCUAAAAGAGAAAAAAAGAGGCUAGAAGAUAAUUAUAAAAAAAGCUUUUAAUACAUUGAUGAAUGGUCACGAGCACAGGAUGAACUUACCACUAGUAUACUUCGAUAUAUCUGUAGAUGACAAGCCAUUAGGACGAAUUAUAAUACAAUUACGUACAGAUGUUGUACCAAAAACAGCAGAAAAUUUUCGUGCCUUGUGUACAGGAGAAAAAGGUUAUGGAUACAAAGGAAGCUAUUUCCAUCGUAUAAUUCCAAAUUUUAUGUGUCAAGGUGGUGACUUCACAAAUCACAAUGGUACAGGUGGAAAAUCUAUCUUUGGAGAGAAAUUUGAGGAUGAAAAUUUUGAACUUAAACAUACUUCCAUGGGUACAUUAUCAAUGGCAAAUUCUGGUCCAAAUACAAAUGGUUCACAGUUCUUCAUUACCACUGUAAAAACACCUUGGCUAGACAAUAAGCACGUCGUAUUUGGCAGUGUUUUUGAGGGAGUCGAUAUUGUAAGAAAAAUUGAAAGUUAUGGUUCGUCAACUGGGAAGACAUAUCAGAAGAUCAUGAUAGCAGAUUGUGGUCAAUUAUCAUAAGCAUUAAAAUAAAUAGCAAUGAUAUGAAAAACAAAGUAUGUAAAGUAACUUUAACUAUAUUUAUACUUUUAAAAUUUGUUAUCUCUGAUCUUUUAAUAGUGAAAAUGGGAUAAUACUAAAAUAAUUCCACUUAAAUAUGAAAGGUUAUAGAAUUGGUAAUCUGUAACCAAAUUUAUGUUUAAUUUUUACACACACACACACACACACAUACACAUAAGUAUUUUUAAAAGUAAAUAAAAGUGUUUUAUUCUGUAUACAAGGAAGGAAUAUUCUUUAUGUAGGCCUAGAGGAAUUACAGUUUCAGAAUCUAUAAUUUACUCCAAUGAACACUAAAUAAAUAAUGAUAAACAGAAACAAUGGUGCGAAAAGUAGUUGAAAUAAAAAAUAGUAACAGAAACAUUUAAUAGCUAUAAAAACUACUAUUUGAAAUAAAUAUUUUGUGUAGUGCAUAUAAAAUAUGUAAAGUGAAUAUUUUAUUUUGAGCAAAUGUAAAUAGAAAUACUGUUUGCUUUAUGCAAAUAAAUAAAAAAGCGCCAAUAAGUAUUGAGAAUAGAUCUUAGUGUUUAAUAAUACUCAUAUUACAUUAAUUUUCAAUACAUUUUUGGUUUCUAUAAAUUGUGUGCCAAUAAAUAUUUCAAUGAUAUUAC